AUGCUCGAAAGGAUCGAGUACGAGAUCUUGCGCUACUUGCUUGCACUUGCAUUUCCUCAACGCUUUCGCAACAACGAUACUCGUAAAGUGCCAUGGCAAAAGAUCGUUACUCGAUUCCCACCCGAGCCCAACGGAUAUCUCCAUAUUGGACACGCUAAGAGCAUUUGUCUCAACUUCGGCUUGGCCAAGCAGUACGGCGGCUCCUGCCACUUGAGGUUCGAUGAUACCAACCCUAGUGCGGAAAGUGACGAGUAUGUGAGGAGCAUUCAGGAGGAUGUCAAAUGGUUAGGGUUCGACUGGGACGACAACCUCUUCUUCGCAUCGUCCUAUUUCGACCAACUUUACGAAUGGGCCGAAUACCUCAUCAAUAGAGGAGAGGCUUAUGUCGACCUCCAAACCCCCGAACAGAUCAGAAUCAAUCGCGGCAAUAUCAACACUCCCGGCACAAACUCUCCUUAUCGGGACCAGACUCCCGAGGAGAACCUCCGACUCUUUCGAGACAUGCGUGAUGGCAAAUUCAAGGAAGGAGAAGCUCUCCUGCGAGCCAAGAUCGAUAUGGCCUCCCCUAACAUGAACAUGCGGGACCCCCCUAUGUACAGGAUCCUACAUAAGGAACACCAUAGAACUGGAAACAAGUGGUGUAUCUACCCCCUUUACGAUUUCGCCCACGGCCAAGAGGAUGCCAUAGAGCAUAUUACUCAUUCUAUCUGCACGCUGGAGUUUGAAAACCAUAGGGAACUUUACGACUGGUUUCUGGCUCAUCUACCUGUACCGUCGAGACCCCACCAGUACGAGUUCGCCAGGCUGCAGGUUACCAACACUAUAAUGAGCAAAAGAAAACUGCUAAAGUUGGUCAACUCACAUUCCGUACGAGGUUGGGACGACCCAAGGAUGCCCACCAUUUCCGGUAUGCGGCGACGAGGAGUAACUCCAAAGGCCCUCCGAACCUUCUGCCAGAAGGUUGGCAUCUCUACUAGUCUGAGUACUAUUGAUAGCGUGUUACUAGAUGAAUGCAUUAGGGAGGAUCUUGAGGCCAAUUCGAAUCGUAGGAUGUGUGUGGUGGACCCUGUCAAGGUGUACAUCGAGACUAUGCCCGAUGAUGAGCGAAUCGAAGUAGAAGCUCCCAACCACCCUGGAAUGCCGGAGGCUGGAUCUCGCAAGUUGUAUUUGCGGAAUCAUCUCGUGAUUGAGUCAACUGAUUUCCGUAUAGAUCCCCCUGAGGGGUUCAAGAGGCUUUCUCUGGGUGGAAAGGUCAAACUGCGUUACGGUUAUGUGAUUAAGGCUGAGCGGGUUACUCCUGAAGGUGUUGUCGUCUGCAGUCACGACCCUCAGUCGCUUCAUGGGGAGGGAAGCCUUCCUAAAGAUGUCAAGGGGGUUAUUCAUUGGGCGGUGGACGCAGAGGAGACCAACGAGGAUGUAGUUCGAGGCACAGUGAACUGGUAUGAGAAUCUCUUGUUACCAGAAUCGACCCCGACUGAUGAGGGUGCAACUUCGGAGGAGGAGGCCUCUAUGAUACCCGGCCUAGCAGAAGCGGAAACCAAUGAGGCUGAUCAGGAUGCAUGGUUAUCCAAGUUGAACCCUAACAGUCUCCGAGAGUAUAAGGCUUACUUCGAACCUAGCAUGGCCAUGGCUAAGCCAAUGGAAACUUUCCAAUUCGAGCGAGUUGGCUAUUUCGUGGUUGACAAGGACACCACGCCUGGUCAGCUUAUUUGUAACUUGACGGUUACUUUGAAGGAGAGCGGCCUCAAGAAAACCGAGGGCAAACACGCUGGUCGUUCUCGUAAGGAGGCUCAAGCGGCCCAGCUAGCUGAGAAGGAGGCUAAGAAAAAGAUCAGGCCUGAGGAUAUGUUUAAAGAUCAAACUGAUAAGUACUCCAAGUUCGACGAGCAUGGUAUCCCUACGCACGAUGCGGGUGGGGAGAAGCUCACUAAAAGCGCUUAUAAGAAGCUUCACAAGGAAUGGGAGAAGCAGAGGCGUUUGUAUGAGAGUAGCCAUUGA